AUGGCCGACGAAAGCUGUUGUGGCUGUGUCUCGCUCAACGUGGACAAUGAGUAUGACAUGAGGCUGCACGUUAGUGCUAUCUUCAUCAUCUUUGCCGUGUCUGCGGCAGGUACAAUGAUCCCCAUUAUCUCGCAAAAGAUUCCUCAAUGCAAGACCAAUUCGGUCAUCAUGGAAGCAAUUGGUGCUUUUGCCUACGGUGUCGUCAUCGCUACUGGUCUUAUCCACAUGAUUAACGAAGGCAUUGAAAAGCUGAGCGAUCCAUGCCUCGGCUCGAUAGUUGAGGAAUACGAAAGCAUCGGACUCGCGGUUGUGCUGAUCACGUUGAUACUCAUGCAUUUCAUCGAGUGUGAAAGCUCAGUGUUUUUCGGUGCACAAGGCUCCAUGCUUCACGGCCACGGUCACGCUGGGCCUGUUGGUCAGGAGACUGUCAUUACCCCACACGAUGCAGCCACACCUCGAUCUGCUGGACACCACUAUCACGAAAAGACUCCCGACCAUCUUGCACACGACUCGAAGAUUCGCCGUAAAAUAGCCACAAUCAUCUUUGAAGCCGGCGUUCUCUUCCACUCGGUCAUCGUUGGCCUUGACUUGGGCAUUACAACUGGCUCCGACUUUAAAACGUUGCUUGCGGCCUUGUGCUUUCACCAGUUCUUCGAGGGUGUUGCAAUCGGAACCUCUGCACUGAAUUCGGUCGAGAGCAAGAGCAAACUGUUUUUGCUAAACCUUGCGUUUGCCAUUACGACUCCAGUGGGCCAAGUCAUUGGCAUUGGGAUCCGUCACACCUAUUCGGAAUCAUCGUCAACGGCUUUGUGGGUGCAGGGCACAUUGAACUGUGUUGCUGGUGGUAUUUUGCUGUACACGGGUCUCGUCGAGCUUUUGACGUACAAUAUGACCACGAACGGCCAGUUCCUGUCUCGACCGACGUCGCAGCGUUUUGCCUUGUACAUUUGCCUAUGGUUGGGUGCUAGUGCAAUGGCUCUCAUUGGCAAGUGGGCAUAA